CCUGAAUACCAUCAGAGACAUCCCCGGCGACGUGCUGCGGUCGCUUUUGUGUUCUCGAAUCGACGAUUGCGUUAAUCAAGGUCUCCACUCUUCUCCGCACUUUGGAUAGAACCAUGUGCUUGACAAGAUCACCUCCGAUGACCCCGCCGCUCUCAGGACCACGUUCAUGCACAAACCCCACGAAAAUUCAGAAUUUAUCCGGAAUUCCAGGAAAGAGAGUACUUGAAGAGACUCCUACAGAAACGCUGUCUCUGUACUUGGACCGUACUUCAUAUACAAUGGCUACCAUACUUCUUCUCGCUGAAACUGAUAAAAUCGUUCGUCGCAAAGAUGUCGGUCGAACAGUUCUCCAUUGUCUCCACGGCCUUCACUCCAUCGAAACCGCUCUCUCUAUCUUUCAUUCCUUCAUUUCCGGGUCGUACAAUCACGCCCCAUGCUCAGACGUCCUCGCAAUGUUCGAUCCGCAUGUAGGCGAUUGUGCUUGCCACAUGCGUGCUCAGAUGCUCUGGGAUCUCAUCGAGGACGUCUCCUCCUCCCCAGAGAAGAGGCGAUUCCUUGAGCAAGCAGUUCAAUUACUCAGGGAGAAUAGAGUGAAAACUGCUAUCCUCUUACAAAAACUUGCAAAGACCAACGGGAACACAGGCCCUUUAGGCUUUGCAUCUAUCAUCACGCUAUCCGACAUAUUCCAGAAGAUCGGGUUUCGCGCGUUCAUGACGCUGGUUGACGCCAACUCGAAUUCAUCUGGGACAAAUACGCCUGCAGCGGAAGUACCCUUCGUUGGCCCUGGCACAGACAGUGAGGGUAAUGCCCUCUCUGGAUUGGACGCUAUCGUUGACAAAUCCUUCUCACCUGUUGAAUCACCCUCCUCUGACACCUCUGAAUCUUCAUCAUCCCCCAAUCGCAGUCACCGCUCGAUCACCGUCGACGUGAGUUGGGACCCCGCCGAUGCCUGGUCUAUCGUUCGUUUCUUAACAUUUUCGCAUCUACUCUCGAUUCCCAAGAGGGUGAUCUUCAAGCCUGGCCCUCCCGCUGGCAUGAUCAUUCGGGUCGAACCUCUACUUUCUUACACCGAGACUGAAGCAGCACUGGAUGCGCUUAACCUGGUGGAGAGUGUGUCGUUAUCCAGCCUUAUUCGUCCAGGGGACAGGGCGAAGAAGACGACGCUCGUCAACGAGUGCGAGACCAUGCAAGUAUAUAUUUCCCAAAUGUCAGUAAAUUGGAUGAAGAAAGCUACGGUCGCAUUAAGCCUCAGUCCAGCGGCUCAGAGGCUGUGUGGCAAUUACGCUGUUCCCAACACUCGUCAAGUUGCUUGCGUUUCCUCUUACAUAUCAAUCCUACCUGUCCGUGUGGCCUGGCUGACGAAGGGUGUACCCAUUCUCGUCGCAAUUGAGCGAUUCUGCUCGGAUGGCUAUCAUAUCAUAUUACAUCGCGUUACCCGAAACCCUGAUGCUUGGGACGAAUAUAAGUCCGUCAAAGACCAAAACAUCACAGCAAUAGGCCACGCCAACUGGUUCGAUGUCACUCCUGUCUCCCACGACGAAAUCAUCUCGUCACCAUGGGCUGGACAGCCCCAUAUCGUCCUUAUCGCUGUCUCUACAGAUGGCGAUCUCGAAGAUUUUUACGGUCGACUGACUCACGAUAACCCGUCUUGCCCAGGAACUAGUCAGCCGCAUAACGGACCCUGUCAGGAGAUCGAGAAUUAUACCAACAUCAUUGAAAAAGCCAACUUUUCACAACUCCUCAUGCUAUUAUUCGGGCAGCAUGAACAGUUUCCUUUUCCUUUGCGAAGUCAGCAAGACGGGUACGCAUACGUCGCUGACUGCAUCAGGUCGGAGCUCGGUGAAGAAGCGCGCAGACUUUUUAUGAAGGCAUGUUUGGAGGCGUAUGAAUAUGGAACAGGCAGGUCUACAAGAACGUACUCGUUUCAGCACGUGUACCUAGAGCUUCCCGGUGUUGUGGGAAGGCAGGUGAAGAGCAUGUUGGAUCGAAAGGAGAAACCUCUUCUUGGUUUUGGGCGAGAACUCUCGAGAUGAUAGAGGCGCCACGCAAUUGCAGGACCGUUUGAACCAUACUUUGUUAAUUUGUCUUGAGUG